CGCGUUUCGUCUUUCAUGUGUAUGUUGCAUUCAUCUGUUCUUUCUAGUUGUAAUAUUUUUACUUUAGUCACAGAAUAGCUUAAAGACGUAAACGCCGCCAAGCGUGUAUGGAGCACAGCGGCUAAGGACAGUUUGGCUUUGCUAAGAAAAAGGGGAAACGAUGUCUGGAAGUUUUUACUUUGUCAUGGUUGGUCAUCAUGACAAUCCAGUAUUUGAGAUGGAGUUCUUGCCAGCUGGGAAGCCUGAAUCAAAGGAUGACCAUCGUCACCUGAACCAGUUUAUUGCACACGCGGCCCUGGAUUUGGUGGAUGAAAACAUGUGGCUGUCCAACAAUAUGUACUUGAAAACUGUUGACAAGUUCAACGAGUGGUUUGUGUCUGCCUUUGUCACCGCAGGACAUAUAAGAUUCAUUAUGCUGCAUGAUGUGCGACAAGAAGAUGGAAUCAAAAACUUUUUUAAUGAUGUAUAUGACUUAUACAUUAAGUUUGCAAUGAAUCCAUUCUAUGAAAUCAAUGCACCAAUCCGGUCUACAGCCUUUGAGAGGAAAGUACAGUUUCUUGGAAAGAAGCAUCUCCUGAAUUAAUCACUUCACAUGGACAAGGAUUUGAAUGCAUCUUCUCUAUUUGUUGUGUAUAUAUACCAAACACACUUUAAUGUUUAUAUGUUUAUCUUUUCCUGUUUAACACAUGUAAAAUGUAUUCAACACAGAUUUUCUAUAAACCAU